UGUUGUUGUUGUUGUUGUUUUAUGCGAGGUCUAAUGGGGAGUUGUGGCUCAGAGAAAAUAAUGUGAAGAUUUGUGUGUAGGACAUGCGCAGAUGCGGGAUGCCAUAUUGCAGAGAGAGAGAGAGAGAGAGAGAGAGAGAGAGAGCGCGCUUCAGCCGGAGGAGAAAAAAAGGGGGAAUCGCCGAAUUUCACAGCCUGUGAGAAACUUCAUUAAGGCCUCGAAUCACUGUGAGCUGACAAAGUGGAAAACGGUCAUCAGGACUCUACGUCUCCAAGGCAACAGCCUUCACAAGGAACCAACGAUGACGUCAGCAGGGGGGAGCACUCAGAGCCCGUCCAAUGGGAGAGCAGAACACAGUCACUCAGAUAUGGAGUGUGGAGAAGAGGAACUGGACUUUAAUUGGGAUGAGUAUCUGGAGGAAACAGGAGCCACAGCAGCUGCACACACCUCAUUCAAACAUGUGGAGCUGAGCCUGCAGAGCAGUUUCCAGGCUGGGAUGAAGUUGGAGGUGGCCGAUAGGAGUCGCGCUGACACAUACUGGGUUGCUACCGUCAUCACAACAUGUGGCCAGCUGCUGUUGCUGCGCUACUGUGGCUACAAUGACGAGCGCAGCGCCGACUUCUGGUGUGACGUCAUGACUGCAGAGCUGCAUCCUGUGGGCUGGUGUGCGCAGAACAACAAACUGCUGCAGCCACCUGAAGAUAACGUUUACCUCAGAGCAGCUAUUAAAGAGAAGUACAGUGACUGGACUGAGUUUCUGGUGAAGGAGCUCACAGGCUCACGAACAGCACCAGCUAACCUGCUUGAAGGGCCAUUGAGGGGUAAGAACACAGUGGAUCUGAUUGUGCCUGGGUGUGUGUUAGAGAUCCGUGACGCCAGUGAGCCGUUUGUGUACUGGGCAGUGCGGGUGCAGCGAAACGUCGGCGGGCGUCUUUGGCUCAGCUAUGUGGGACUGGAAGAGCCCGCCUACAACAUCUGGAUUUUCUACCUGGACAUCAGGCUUCGUCCACUGGGUUGGGCCAAAGAGAACUGUCUCACAAUGGAACCACCAAAAGAAGUGCAUCAUCUGAGGAGUGCUACAGAGUGGAGCGACGCUGUAGAGAGAGUCAUGUCUGCAGCCCUGGAAAACCCCCUGCCUCUGGAGGUCUUUAAGGAUCAUGCGGAUUUGCGUAAACACUCGUUCAAAAUGGGGAUGAAGCUAGAGAUGGUAUCACCACAAGAACCCUUCCACAUCUGCCCCGUGUCUGUCACUAAAGUGUAUAAUGAGCACUACUUCCAGGUCACUGUGGAUGACCUGAGCGGUGAAGCCCCGCCCUGCUCGGUGCUGUGUCACGCCGAUUCUCCAGGGAUCCUGCCAAUCCAGUGGUGCUUGAAAAACGGUGUUUGUCUGCAGAGGCCUAGGGGUUUUCAGUCUCAGGACUUUGACUGGGCAGACUAUCUGAAGCACACAGGUACUGAGGCUGCCCCAGAUGCCUGUUUCCCCAAUGCGUCUCUGAGUCGGGGCUUCUGUAAGGAUACGUGGUUGGAAGCUGUAAAUCCACUUCAGCCAGCUGAAAUCAAUGUUGCACGCAUCACCCAGGUUAAAGGUCGGCUCCUCUGGCUCCGAUAUGAAGGCCUGACCAAGCCCCUAGCUGAGUGUUUAGUGGAUGUUGAGAGUAUGGACAUCUUUCCUGUGGGCUGGUGCGAAGCUAAUGCCUAUCCUUUAACACCUUUACGUAAAGCAGUGUGUCAGUCUCAGAAGAAGAUUGCCGUGGUGCAGCCGGAGAAACAGUUGGCUCCUCCACCCAAAGAAAAUAUUCCUCUCAACCAUUGCCAGCCUGUUGCCAUGGACCCAGUUUCUGUAAAUGGAAAGUACUGCUGCUCUCAGAUCUUUGUGAAUCAUCGCUGUUUUUCUGGGCCGUACCUCAACAAGGGAAGAAUCGCAGAGUUACCACAAGCUGUGGGGCCUGGCAAGUGCACACUCGUCCUUAAGGAGGUGCUGACGAUGUUGAUAAACUCAGCCUAUAAGCCUAGCCGUGUUCUCAGAGAGCUACAGUUGGUGGUAGAUCCACAGUGGAACUGUCUGGAGGAAACCCUAAAAGCCAAGUAUAAAGGGAAGAGUUAUCGUGCAAGCAUGAGGAUUGUGUGUUUGGCUGAGCAGGUGGCAGAUUUCUGCCGCAGAGUGUGUGUGAGACUGCAGUGCUGUCCAAACCUGUUCGGCCCCACACUCGUCUCGGAGAAGUGUCCGGAAAACUGCUCCAUACACACCAAGACCAAGUACACGCAUUACUAUGGAAAGAAGAGAAAAGUGGGCCGUCCCAGUCUGGGAGAGUGCACUCAGGAGGGCGACAUGGCCAAACCGGCCCGCCGCAGAAAGAAGCGCAAAGCCGUCUUUGUUCAAAAGAAACGCCGCUCUACUGUUACAGGACACCACGCUGUGGAGUCAGCUCAGGACAGUGAUGAUUUUGAUGAUUUUGACGAGGAGGAAGAGGAGGAGUCGUACAGUGAGGAGAGCUCCAGCUUGGAGCUGCGCGAAGAGGCUCCUCUGCGCUUCUCUACACGACGAGGCCGACCCUGCAGGUCUCACACUCUGCCCGGGACUGGGGCAUCUCCAGAGCGACCAUCGCUGCGCAGAUCCACACGCUCACUCUCUUACACACACAACCAGGCAGCCAAUCACGUAAACCCAAAGAUGGCACAUACAGAAGAGGAAGAGAGCCGAUUGGUUCUAGAGAGGAAUCCACUCGAGUGGAGCGUGUCAGAUGUGGUUAACUUCAUCAUGUCCACAGACUGUGCCUCGCUAGCCAAUAUUUUCCAAGAGCAGGACAUUGAUGGUCAGGCCUUGUUGUUGCUGACCCUGCCCACUGUUCAGGAGUGUAUGGAUCUAAAACUCGGCCCUGCAAUCAAACUCUGUCACCAGAUCGAGCGUGUUAAAGUGGCCUUCUACUCCCAGUAUGCUAAUUAAGCUAACACAGACUAACAUCUAUUUCUCUCAGUGGAUAAAUAAAUACGCUUGAUACACACUGCUCAGGGGUUCUCACACCGUCAGAAAUUUUUUUGUUCAAAACUGCACAACUAGCUAUAUGCUGCGAUGCUCAAAGCACAGCGCUUUCCUGAAGAACUUCUGCUGAAGAACUUCUGCUAACCCCUCUGCUGUUUAUGAUGAAAGGAUUAUACGUAAGGAUGUAAUGGAUGACGGGGACAGCUGUUGAAGAAAUACGGAGCGGCGGUCUGAUGUACUUUGUGUGGAUGUUGAGGUUACUGAAGCAGAUGUCUUUUUGGAAAGAUCAUUUUCUAUUACGAAUAGCAGUUUUAAGGACUACAGAGGGUGUUUCUCAAUACCAAAAAGGAGAAGAGUGGACUUGAAUUCUCACAAAUCUACCUUAAUAUCACCAACUAGGAUCGAUUUGACAUGUGCUUCAUUAAUGAUAUUUACCUGUAGUGCUAAUAGCAGCUUCCGAAGCAUUUAAAUAAAUGCUUGCUAAGUCUGUAGUUGACUUGACUUGGCUGCAUGUACUACACUAGGAUCGGGUGUAUUGGAUCAAUGCAUUUAAAAAAAAAAAGAAAAGAAAAGAAAAAAAAAGUCUGUACAGGAUUUAGCAGAGUGUUUUUUUUUAGACUUUUUUUUGGCGGAAAACUACUUGAAUCGCGAAAUCGCAAUCGCACGAAAUAGUUUUGCACGGUCUUUUGCAGCGUUGUUUAUUGAUCAAUGAGACAUUUUUAUUUAUUCCUGUCAGACACACGUGAAUCGAAGAGGGAUUUGGCCAAACGCGCAUUGUGGUGACGUCACAUGGCCCAAAUCUGCAGAAAAUCUGCGGUAAUUUUGAAACAUUUUGCAGCAUUUCCAUGCGUUUGUGUUGAUUUCUGUGAUCCUGCAGGGACUGAAAUGAACUGAGGGCUGAGGCAAUCAUACAUCGGUUAGUAUUAAUUCAAAUUGAUUAUGAAUAGAUCAUGAUCCAAAACAGACAGACAGCUGUUAAAAAAAAAAAAAUUAAAAUAAACAAUAAAAAAAAAACAAAUGAGCAUUUUUAAACUGAUGUGUAAAUAAUCGAAUAGGUUAGCAAGGUGGCUGUGAUACUUACGGUAUGACUUUGACUUGGCGGUAGAUUCUGAACAAAGGGAGCAUGUUUACGGCUUUCAUAGAGCCAUAUACCUGUGCCUAAUUUUUUAUUUAUUUUUUGGAUAUGCACAAUCAACACUGUAAGAAUUCAGAAUAUGUGUACAUAUGCACAUCCGCAUAUAACAGCCUAGUGCUAUCUCAGGAGUCUCAUCCUGAGGUGAUUCAUCUAUUCUACCCAUUAGUGUAUUCCAACGAAGUACAAAACUUUCGAUUCAUUCUCAUUAGUCACGUAUCGGUGAAUCACUGAUAUGUGGGAAGCACAUAACCCAGCUGUUAGAACCAUCCUUGCAUACUUCAGUAGAGGCACUGAACUUACAGCAGUACACAAGAACACAUAUUGAGAAACACCCAAUGUUCCUGUUGAACAGUUGUGAUUAACUACCAGAUCUGUCUGCAUUUUCCCUUCAGAGACCAAAUGAUAUUGAUAUUUAUAAGUGUAAUUAGAUUUGAAGGAUUGGUGUAUAGAAUGAAAUAAUAUAUUUGAGAUAUUUAUUUUGGCCUGAGAAACAGGUGCUCUCAUGUUGGGAUUUUUUUUUUUUUUUUUUUUUUGGUUGGUUAAUUGUUUUGUUUUUUUCUGUUUUUCAAAAGGGGACAGUACGGAUUGGUACAUCGUUCCUUAUUUCUACCACUUUGUAAAAAAAAAAAAAAAAGAAAGAAAAGAAAAAAAAACACUGGAUACUGUAUGGAAAUGUUUCAUCAUCUAUGCAAAAAAUGGACUUUUCUACUUUGCUGUAUGACCCAAUGCUUCCCUUGAGAACUUUGUACAUAGAUUGUGUACUGAUUUUAGUACCUAAUAGUAAAAUCUAGUUUUAAUACAACAUUGUGAUGCACUGAGGAAAAAAAGCUUUUGUAAUGUUUUAUUAUUAUUAUUAUUAUUAUUAUUAUUAUUAUUAUUAUUAUUAUUUACCAGAAUCGGAAAAUAUCCUUCUUACCAAGGGGAAAAAGGUCAAAUCAAGUAUAACCAUAUGACAAGGAUGCAGGGGCAGAGACACUUAACCAAUAUCCUGUGACUAUUUAUGCAUCCCACUAAAACGAAACGGUUGUUGAACAAUGCUGUAAAUCACCCACUGCCCAUAAAAGAGUGAAAAACAUU